GAAAUCUACUUUUCAGCGAUGAUCAAAAUCCCCACUCUCUCUCUCUCUCUCUCUCUCAAUUAUUUUCUCACUGUAUUUUGAUGUUGGAAAUCUCUUAAAGUUCCUUGCUUGAAUCCCAUUAUGGAUCCUAAUUUUUUAAUUGAUGAGAAGGCUGAAAGUAGAGUUUAUAUCGGUAACCUUGACUUGAGAAUAACAGAGGCUGCGCUGAUUAAGAUGUUUACUCCCUAUGGCAAGAUUUUAUCCGAAGAAUUUCUAUGGCAUACUCGUGGACCAAAACGUGGAGAGCCAAGGGGCUUCGCUUUUAUCCAGUUUAGCACUAAAGAGGAAGCUAAACUGGCCAAGGAGAAGAUGCAUGGGAGGUUAGCUUGUGGCCGCCCUUUGGUUGUUCGUCUUGCCAGCGAGAAAUACUUGGAUGAAGCAACACAGGAUUCUUCCACAGCACUUGGUGAGGCAAAGAAAGCUGGCCUUACUGGUAGCACUUUAGGGCAGACAAGUCGUAGUGCCAAGAUAGCUGCAAUAAAGAACAAAUUGAGAGCCUUGGAAGAAGGGGGCCCUAGUGUGAAGAAGCAGAAGCAAGCUGACAGUGACUCAUGUAAGGAUAGUCUUGACCACUCACAAGACAAGGGAUAGGUGCUGAAGAGAACUUUGAAAACUAAAGGGUUUCAAAACCCAUUUACUGUUUCUUGGAAUAUACUCAGUAUGGUUUUAGCCUUAGGAUUAUUUUGAUACAUAACAUCAUGGGAACAUCAUCUGCUGCGGGUUUCAAUUGCUUGAGUUUUGUGCAUUA